AUGCCUUGCGCUUCUUUUCAUGUUUCUUUCCAGGCGCCAGGCUUUCAUGAUCCAGCCCUAGCUCCACAUGUCUCCGCUGCAACGAUAGGCCAUACCGCGAAACCUGGCCAGACAUACUCACAUUUUGCAAAAGUUUUUCCCGCGCUUUCUGCUCCGUCCUUUCCGGUCACUUAUGCUGGUAAAGCUAUACCUCCUCAGCCGCCUAUCUCGAGUUCGCCCGAGUAUUAUGCAGCCCCACUGUAUGGGACAGUCAGGCAGCAUCACUCGCAUCCCGCGGUGCCCUCCGGCUUGCUGGAUCCCGGUGGCUAUGGUCAUCACUUUGGUGCGACAGCCGCAGUCGACUGCAUGCCAGUUGCUGCUCGAGGGCGGGCACUGGUGCUCAAGCCUGCACCGGAAUUGGCAUCUGCAACUGAAUUCAGGCAUCCCCGGCAGAUGGCUCUCAUCGCGGCGGGUCCAAUGAGGCCCCAGCCUCCUCCUCGGGGAAGUUGGGUCAAGGAGCUGGCCAAUUGCGCCAACUCGAUGCCCAAGCUGGGCUUUGCCUUUCUCGAGAGGUGCCAGCAACGCAGCACUGGCGCCAACGGGGCAGAUGUGCCGAGGCAGCAGUCUAUGGUACAGGACAUUACACGGCAGCGGGAAGACGGGGUGUAUAUGGAAGACGUGAUCGCCAACAGGUAUCUGCUUGCCUGCAUUCCUGUUGUAGAUUGUUAA